AUAUUGCCAACAUUGGUCAAAAUUGACGUUUGAGUCGGCCAUUUUGCAGUUUCUUCGGUGACUGCUAUACACGUGUUCGGUUGCCACAAUGGCAGUGACUAAGAAGCCCGUGGCCAAAAAGGCCCAGUUGCACCAAAAGAGUGGCAAGAAGGGAGUGAAGGGUGGAAAAAUCCGCGGCAAGGGUAUCAAGCGGAAAAUUAACCUUAAAUUUGUGAUUGAUUGCACACAUCCCGCUGAAGACAGCAUCCUUGAUGUGGGUAACUUCGAGAAAUACCUGAAGGAACACGUUAAAGUCGAGGAUAAAACAAAUAACCUAGGCAAUCACGUUGUCGUCGCUCGGGACAAGACGAAAGUCACCAUCACCGCAGACAUUCCCUUCUCCAAGAGGUACCUCAAGUAUUUGACGAAGCGUUACCUCAAGAAGAACAACCUCCGUGACUGGCUGCGAGUGGUAGCGUCUGCCCAUGAUGCAUAUGAGCUCCGCUACUUCAACAUCAACGCUGACAGCGACAAUGAAGAUAACGAAGAUUAACUUGUUGCUAUAAUAAAAUAGUUUUACACUACA